CAAAAACUACGAAUGAAACGUCACAUGCAGGGUCAAUGCUAUGGCUGCGUCCAUGGCAGGAGUGUGUUAUGAAUGACACGGGUUUUCAUUUUCAUUUCAAUAAAAAACAAGAAAACAGCGAACUAUUUCAAAAUAUACAAUGUUCAAUUUGAAUGGAUUCACACACGAAAUAAUACGUGUUUCUUCUUAGGGAUGCCGAAUUCAAUAUUGUUGUAAUGUAUCUGUACUACACUACACUUACAAUAUUAUUAAUACGUGUUUGUUAGAAUAAAGUCGCUCUGUUCCCCCCCCCCCCCCAAAGGCUUAUCUAACUAGUUUAAAGUAAAUACUUUAUUUCUAUUAGUUUGGAAGUGUAACGACCUUGAAAAUAUGUUGCGGAAUGCGCUACGUUUGUACUGUAAGGGUUCGCUUACCGUGUACUGCUGUCCAGUGAUGACAAGACAGAAACAAACCUGCCAUGUUUUGGAAAACAGACGGACAUACUCAUCAGCAAUGUCAGAAAGAAAGAAAUUUUAUCAGGAUGUCAGUAUUUCACAUGGAGAAGGCGGAGUGUUUGAGAUCAAUCUGGACCACAGAAAGUUGAAAACUCCGGGUGGGAAGUUAUUCACCGUCCCCAAUGAGGCUCUGGCUGUGGCUGUAGCCACUGAGUGGGAUGUGCAAAGAGAUACUCUGAAGUUCUACACAAUGCACAUGACCACCUUGUGCAACACAGCUCUUGAUAACCCGACACAGAGGAACAAGGAUCAGAUGAUCGCAGCUGCCCUUAAGUAUCUGGAGACAGACACAAUCUGCUACAGGGUUGAGGAACCUCCAGGUUUGGUGCAGCUUCAGAAGACUGAAUGGGACCCUGUUAUGGACUGGAUAGAAAAAAGAUACAAUGUGGUGAUAGGCUCCUCUUCAAAUAUAAUGGGACCCACAAUCCCAGAGGAGACUAAAGAUACCUUUCGACAGCACCUGGCCUCCUUCAACUUCUGGGCUUUAACAGGUUUGGAGUUUGUGAUCACACAACUUAAAUCAGUGAUUCUGUCAUUUGGAUUAAUCGACCGGCACCUCAUGGUAGAAAAGGCAGUGCAGCUGUCCCGCUUGGAGGAAGAAUUCCAGAUCCACCACUGGGGCAAUGUGGAGUGGGCCCAUGAGUACGACCUGCAGGAGCUCCGCUCUCGCACUGCAGCCGGGGUCCUGUUUGUGCACCUGUCUUCUGAGAGCGCCACUAUGAAACGCAAACUUCUGCAAGACUUGGAGUUCCCCCAGCCCAGAAAACCAUGGAACUGAAACCCAAACAAUAAGAACCCAGGCUCCCCCCCACCCCUUCAGAUAUCACUUAUUUCACAUAAAUGUACGUGGCCUAAAUGUAUACUGUCACAUUUAAGAGGGAUUAUAUCAACUAAACUAACUAUGUACUUUAAUAAAAGUAGUUUAGAAAUCAAA